UAAAACCCGAUCACCCCGAUCCAAAGUUCAAAUCUCCCGUUUUAGAAAAAAAAAAGAAAAAAAAAUGUUAAAAAGUACGAAGAAUCUAUCCACUCAGUUUACAUUACCCGAUAUCGUUUAUAACGAGAUUAAGCGAGAGUCUGUUUACACAACAGUUUUCGGAUAUUUUCACACGUGUCUAUCUCUGUUGAUUGUUGUUUAUUACGCAUGACAUAACAAAUUCAGGUGUUGAUUAUGUGUUUGGGGACAAAGACUGAGACCGAGAUUUACCAUGGGAAAAUCUAAUUGGCUAUGCCAGUGACAAUGCAAGUGUUAUGGUUGGAAAACAUAAUUCCGUCCUCUCCAGAAUAAGAGAAAAACAGCCAGGAGUAUACGAUUUGGGUUGUUUGUGUCAUGUAGCCAACACCUGUCUCUCCUAUGGGUUGAAACAGCUUCCAUCAGCAGUAGAAGAGUUGUUGAUAGAUGUGUACUAUCAUUUUUUACACAGUUCCAAGAGAAAAGAAGAAUACAAAGAAUUUCAACAGUUCACCGUCACUGAUGCAGCUAAGAUCCUGAAACACUGUCCAACAAGAUGGUUGUCUCUUGACCGAUGUGUGAGAAGAACCCUACAGCAGUGGCCUGCUCUACAUUCAUACUUCAACAGUCAUGAAGAAGCUGAGAAGUGUGGAUCAUGUGUCUACAGAUGUGCCAACAACCUCAACAAUGAACAACUUCUACUGGUCUUCCACUGUCUGGAGUACAUUCUUGCUCCACUGCUAGAGUUCAACACAACCUUUCAGGCUGAUGCUGUUAUGAUUGGAUACCUUCACCAAGAGAUGAGCAGACUUCUCCGAAAAUUUCUUGGGAAAUUUGUAACUACUUCAGCCAUCAAUUCAUCCAGCCAGAUCACCAUGGUAGACUUCAAGAAUCCUAACAUCCAGCAUCCUGAUGACAAUCUAGCCAUUGGUAUGAAUGCCAGACGUUUCCUGAAUGACAAUCCAGAUCUUCCACAGGAGACUGUUAAUGGGUUCUUCAGAACAGUCAGAGAGUUCUACAUAGAAGUAACUGAGAAAAUGAUCAAGAAAUUCCCCUUCACAGACAAAACCCUGAAAGCAAUUGGCUUUGUGAAUCCAGACCUCCGAGACAAGGUUGAAUCUGAAUCUGUUGUCCAGCUGUCCACCCUGUUUUGUACAGACCAGUCAAUAGAUGUCCUGCAGGACGAAUACAUGGAUUACCAGCUGUCCCCUUCCACAGAAUUACCCACAUUCAAAUAUGGCGAGACAGCAUUAGAAGAUUUCUGGUUCAGUCUAGCAGAAUACAAACUUCCAACAGGCAGUAGGAGAUUUAAACUUCUUCCAGAACUUGCAUUUGUUGUUUUAACAUUACCGCAUAGUAAUGCAGAGACUGAACGUUGUUUUUCCACUUGUAGGAAAAUACAAACUGAUAGUAGGGGAAACUUGAGCAACAAUAGUGUCAAUGCAUUAUUAAGCAUUAAAUUGAAUACAAGAGUAGAAUGUUUCAAUGUAAGACCUAGUGAAAAACUGUUAACCAUGGCUAAGAAGGCUUGUGUUUCUUACAAUGAAGAAAAGAAAUGUGGUGUUUAGUUGAUAACAUUUCAGGACUUGAAAGUUGAAAUAUAUUUAAGGUGAAAUGAAGAGUGUUGACUGUUAAAGUGAAAAUUCAGAGUGAUUAUUUGUGAAAAAAAACUUGAUACUUUGUUUGCAAUUUAUGAAGUUUUGAUUAGUUUUAUUGGUUGUACUAGUAAAUAAAGAUAUGUGUUUUUAGAACUUAUAUAUUUAUUAAAUGGUGAAAUGAACAGUUGAAGAGUGCUGACAAAGAGAAAAGCCAGAGUGAUUAUUUGUGAAAAUAACUUUAUACUACCAUUGAUUGAAGCAUUGUUUGCAAUUUAUGAAGUUUUUAUAAGUUGACUAGUAAAUAAAGAUAGGUUUAACAGUU